AUGGUGUUUUGCUCUUUCGUGUAUGCUGAUAACUAUUAUGUCUCACGUAAAGAAUUAUGGCAUAAUUUGUCGUUGCACAAGAUCCUGGUGUGGAAUAAACCUUGGUGUAUCAUGGGUGAUUUUAACACGGCUCUGAAUCUUGAAGAUAAUUCUAUGGGAUCAUCAUCGGUUUCUAUUGGUAUGCGAGAUUUUCAAGAGUGUGUAGAUGAGAUUGAGGUCGUUGAUAUUAAUCGUAUGGGGAUUCAUUACACUUGGAGCCAAAAGCCAAAAAAUGGGGUGGGCCUUAUGAAAAAAAUUGAUCGUGUUAUGGGAAAUACUCCUUUUAUUGCUGAUUACCCGAAUUCUGUUGCUUUUUUCAAGCCUUACAGAUUAUCUGAUCAUUGUCCGUGUAUCUUAUCUUUUCCGGGAGCUGGUAUGGUGAAGCCGAGGCCGUUCAAGUUUGCUAACUUUUUGGUCUUCAAACCGGAAUUUUUGGAUAUUGUUAAGAAUGUGUGGGAUACCAGUGGAAAUCUUCACAAGAAAGUGGAAACUCUUCAUUCGAAACUAGAUGAUAUUCAGCAAAGUAUUGACCGAGAUCUGAACAAUGUCGACCUUCGUGUUGCUGAAAGGGAGGCUGGCCGUGAUUUAUUAGAAGCUUCGCUGGACGAGGAACGGUUUCUAAAACAAAAGUCUAAGGUUGAUUGGUUCAGGGCAGGUAAGCUUCUUCAGGAAUUGAAUCACACGACCAUUGUUCUUAUCCCGAAGGUGCCUACUCCUGCAACGGUUGUUGACUAUCGUCCUAUUGCUUGUUGCAACGUUUUAUACAAGUGUAUAAGCAAGAUCGUGGCUGAUAGAAUUAAAAAUGUGCUAAAUGACAUUGUUAGCAUCAAUCAGUCGGCAUUUGUUCCAGGAAGGAGAAUAUCUGAUAAUAUUAUGCUCACGCAAGAAUUGAUGCAUAAUUACCAUAGAAGUACGGGUCCUCCUCGUUGUGCCUUUAAAGUUGAUAUUCAGAAAGCUUACGACACUGUUGAUUGGAGAUUUCUUAAGAGUGUUUUGCUUGGAUUUGGUUUUCACGUUAACAUGGUGAAUUGGAUCAUGGCUUUGGUCUCUACGGAUUCGUUUUCAGUUUGUGUUAAUGGGUCGGUUCAUGGUUUCUUUAAAGGUAGCCGCGGUUUAAGACAGGGAGACCCGAUCUCUCCUUACCUUUUCACUCUAGUCAUGGAAGUCCUAACGGCCAACCUUGUGCAUGCGGUUCGUAUAGACUCAUCCUUUAAAUUUCAUAACAAAUGCGAAAAACAACAAAUCAUAAACCUUUGUUUUGCGGAUGACUUGUUCAUUUUUGCUAGAGGAGAAGUCAAUUCGGCGAGGUGUGUUAUGACAUCUCUUUCUACGUUCACCAAGAUGUCGGGGUUAGUUCCUAGCAAUCAGAAAAGCACGAUCUUCUUUUGUAAUGUUAACAGCCAUGUCAAGGAUGCUGUUCUCAAUAUUAUGCCUUUUGUGGAAGGAAAAUUGCCUGUUAGGUAUUUGGGUGUGCCUCUAAUUUCUUCUAGACUUGGGUAUAAUGAUUGUCGAGUUCUUAUCGAAAGACUAGAGAAGCGAAUCACAAACUGGAGAAACAAGUUGCUCUCUUUUGCUGGUAGACUUCAACUUAUUAUCUCUGUCCUCUCUUCCAUGCAUAUCUAUUGGUCGUCCGUGUUUAUCUUGCCGGCUAGGAUAACUCAGGAGCUAGAAGCUAAAAUGCGGAAUUUCCUUUGGUCUCAAGAUAGUUCGUUUAAUAAAGGGAAAUCUAAAGUUUCUUGGAAAUCGGUUUGUACUCCAAAAUAUGAAGGGGGCUUGGGCAUUAGACGAAUUGGAGAUAUGAAUAAGGCUCUUAUGGCUUCUCACAUCUGGAGUAUCGUUUCUAAGCGAGCUUCGUUGUGGGUGGAGUGGGUUCAUAGCUACCACUUAAAAGGUAGGAGUUUUUGGGUUUGCAAAACUCCUGCAAAUUGUUGCUGGUCUUGGAGGAAAUUGAUUCAGUUACGUCCUCUAAUCAGAAAGCAUAUUUGGUCGGUUGUUGGGAAUGGGGCUAGGACGUCGGCCUGGUACGAUUUUUGGUAUGAUCCAGGUCCGCUAAGUGAUUUUCUAUCGCCAAGAACCAUUACGGAUGCGGAUUUUAAGUUAGAUGAUUCAGUGGCUAAUGUCUAUUCUAGUGAUUCUUGGCGAUGGCCUACGGCUUGGAGAGAUUUGUUUCCCGUGCUCAUUCCGCUUGACCAGAUGCAGUUAAAUCCAACAAAGCAAGAUAGACUAGUAUGGAAGGAUGGUACGGACUUAGCCGAAUUCUCCUCGUCCAACGUUUGGCAUUCAGUUCGGUAUAAGGAGCCGGAAGUUAACUGGUGCAAUAUUGUUUGGUUCUCGCAAUGUAUCCCGCGGCAUGCUUUUAUGAUGUGGUUGGUCAUGAAAGGUAAGCUUUUAACUCAAGACAAAAUUCUGAAGUGGGAUAUUUCAAGGCGAAAAAAUAUGAAUAUGAUGUGUUGCCUUUUGUGCUAUGAGAAUGUUGAUUCUCAUCCUCACUUAUUCUUUGAAUGUAAGUUUUCGUCUCAAGUUUGGCACAAAGUGAGGCAAAAGGUGGGUAUGUCUUCGGUUAACCCGAAGUGGAGGGAUAUUGUAGAUUGGCUUCUUGCUCGUGCUCGUUCAAACUCGGUUGUGGUCUAUGUUGCUAAGCUUGUAGUGGCGGCUGGGUCCUACUUCAUAUGGCAAGAGAGGAACAAUCGAUUAUUCAAAAAUCAGCUGAGACCCCCGGAAAUGGUUAGUGAAGUUAUUUUGAAGACAAUUAGAUACAAACUUAUGGGAGCAAAGCUAAAGAAUACUGUGAAGGUACGAAAGCUUCUUGAAGAUUGGGAUAUUCGUGGGGACGUUGAUGACGGUUAUGGCGGCUAA